GUGAAAGAACCACCUAUCUCUUCCGUCCCCUGUUCCUCUACAACCCAACACCCACAGUCCCUUUUCACCUCUGUCUAACCUACGCCUCUCUCCUUAUAUCAUUUCCCAAUUCCCACCUCUUAUCCUGCGCACCCUUUCACAUCCCUUAUGGUUUGAUCACCUCUUUGUCAGGACAGAUAUAAAGAUUACACCUUUGGAUUCAAAGUGAUAGCCAAGCCAAUUUGGGAUAUUGGGUGAGAGAGAACUGGGUUAAGAUUUUGGGUUUUGGGUUUUUUAGAUGAGGGAUGUCUGAUAUAUAUAGUUAGAAAGAUUCCACCUUUUGGGUUUUUGGAUUGGGAUUUUCUAGCGGUCUCUGUCGAAAGUGAUCGUCUUUUUUUAAUUUCUUGAUUCAUACUGAUCUGGACGGUGGAGAAGACGUCUGGGUCUAGAAUUUGGGUUUUGGGUCUUUCAAAGAGAGAUGUCUGAUGCUUCAGGCAUUGAUGAAUAUGCUUUCACUCUGCUGGAAGCCAUUCAGGCAUGAGGGCGUGACGUCCGGGGAGAAUUGCGUGCUUGGUGGCGGUGGUGCGAUAGAGGGCAAAGAUGGGUUGCUUUGGUUUCGUGAUAUAGGGAAAUAUGGGUCGGGGGAUUUUUCCAUGGCCGUGGUUCAAGCUAACAAGGUGCUAGAAGACCAGAGCCAGAUCGAGUCUGGGCCGUUUGGGACCUUCGUCGGGGUCUAUGAUGGGCAUGGUGGACCCGACGCUGCCCGCUAUGUUUGCGAUUACUUGUUCAGGCACUUUCAAGAAGUAUCAGCUGAGUCCCAGGGAGUUGUGACCACUGAGACCAUCCAAAGAGCUUUUGGUCAAACAGAAGAAGGGUUUACUGCCCUUGUGUCAGAGUUAUGGAGCACUCAACCACAUAUUGCAACAAUGGGGUCAUGUUGUCUAGUCGGAGUGAUAUUUAAGCAAACGCUCUUUAUUGCGAACCUUGGAGAUUCCCGUGUUGUGUUGGGAAAGAAAGUUGGCAAUACUGGAGGAAUUGCUGCCAUUCAGUUGUCAACAGAACAUAAUGCAAACAAUGAGGCCACACAACAGGAACUCAGGGAAUUACACCCCAAUGAUUCUGGAAUUGUUGUUCUUAAGCAUGGAGUGUGGAGGGUAAAGGGCAUUAUUCAGGUUUCUAGAUCUAUAGGUGAUGUUUAUAUGAAACAUGCACAGUAUAACAGGGAACCACUUGAUGCAAAAUUCAGAUUGCCUGAACCCAUGAACAUGCCUAUAUUGAGUGCCAAUCCGACUAUUGUCUCUCAUGCUCUCCAACCAAAUGAUUCUUUCCUUAUAUUUGCAUCUGAUGGUCUAUGGGAACACCUGAGUAAUGAGAAAGCUGUGGAUAUUGUCCACAGUCAUCAACGGGCAGUAAGAUCUUGUCAUUAUUUUUCAAUAAUUUGUCGUAGGCAAUAUUUCCUGCAUUGAAAUUAUCAUAAUCCUUCUUCUAAAUCUUUAGCAGGCAUUCGAUGGUCCUACAGUCCGUCAACUUCAGUUUUCAAUAUUAAGAGUCUCCUUGGGAAUCAUGAACUGCUUUAGGAAGCCAUUACAUUUUACAUUUGUUGUUGACACAUGAUCACAAUUUUGUUUCCAUGCUGUUGUAUAUUAUAAACUGCAUCUUUCUAUCCUUCUGUUGUCACUGCCUAACUAACUGCUGGUCUUGUAGACUUGUACCAUUGUCCUUAACACAUCUUUGUCCAUACUCUCUGAAAAAUGAUCUAUUUAUGCUAAAAUUUCCCCUCUAUUUGCAUGUGAUUGUGUAUUGAAUUCUAUGUUAUUUUAAAUCAAGUGCGACUCAAGACUCCAACUAGUUUAUUCAGCUAAGAUAGCACUACUGGCUAAGCUUUAUUGUAGCUUCAGUGUUAAGAUCUUUUGUGUCAUAACUCGUGGCUCAUGAACUUCUGUUGAUGCAGGGUAUUGCCAAAAGACUAGUUAAGGCUGCCCUUAAAGAAGCAGCAAGAAAACGAGAAACGAGAUAUUCUGAUCUUCGAAAGAUUGACAAGAAAGUACGCCGCCAUUUUCAUGACGACAUAACUGUUAUUGUCUUAUUCCUGAACCAUGACCUUAUCUCGAGAGGCAACAUGCAAGACCCUCCAAUCUCCAUCCGAAGUGCUUUGGAGCACUGAUUAAGUUACAGCAUCAAGAAAUUUUCCAUCCUCCCCUCAGCUAGAGAGCUCCACUGACCUAUCGAUCAGAUUGCAUUACUGAGAUCAAUACUACUUGUUCGAAGAGGCUUCAAAUUUGUAACACGUUUUGUUUCCAGGAAUGCAAGUAUAUGACUUCCAUUUACUGCAAGAUUCAAUGUAAUACCCAUUACCCCAGUAUAAUGCAAUUCAAUGCAUUUGUUUCUUUAAGUCGUCGUUUGUCUUCUAAUGGUAUCCAUGCAUAAAAUGUCUGAAAAUUU